AUGCACGUGGACGCCCGCACGGUUGCGGCGCUCGCGGGCCUUCCCCAGGUCAGUCAGGCGCGGAUUUCUUAUCGCGGGCGACUAAUUGUGCAAGUUAACAUGGCCGAGGAUAUUAUUCUGGAUCAGGCUAUUCUAAAACUGAAGAAAUGUAUAGUUAUGUUGGAUGAUGGGCGCAAUCUUGGACUGUGCGACGCCGCCGCUGCAUACCUCACAGUUGAAGACGAAGGCAUCGAGCUUCAUGGGUAA